UUCACAACACAAGUGCUUGACUUCAUGAAUUUCUUUGCUAAUGUGACUAAUUUAGUUUAUUUAUAGAUUUAUUUUGUUCUGUAUAAGUAUGUCGACAGAUGGUUUGUCUUCGGCAGAUUGUUCGCAGUCAUAGAGACGGUUUGAUGUAUUCCACAUGCGGGAUGCGGUGGCUGCCCUGCUCUCUUCACGUGCUGCUCUGUGUGCGCUCACGGUCAUGCAGGAGAGCACGGAACAGGCUGUCUGUAUGGAUUAGCGAGCUGUGGUCCUAUGUGAGGCUGCUAUUGUGCUCACUUUGCUUUAACUCCCUCACGGACUCUGAUGUGGUUUUUGACUCGGUUUUUGAACCAGUGUUCUUCACUGUGGAUUAUGUCACUCGCUGGUUUGGCAUGGCAUUUGUUUGUUUGGUGUUGAUCCUGGUCAGCUCCAUCCUGGUGAUUGCCUACAUCAUUCUUCUGCCUCUGAUCCUCAACACAUACUCUCCUUUUUGGAUUGUUUGGCACCUUUGCUAUGGACACUGGAUCAUCGUCAUGAUUGCCUUCCAUUACUACAAGGCUGCCAAGACGUCUCCAGGUUUUCCCCCGACAAUAAAAAGUGAUAUUCCAUUUGUGUCUGUCUGCAAAAGAUGCAUUGUUCCAAAACCUGCCAGAACACAUCACUGUGGUAUUUGUAACAGGUGCAUUCUGAAAAUGGAUCAUCACUGUCCCUGGUUGAAUAACUGCGUGGGACACUUCAAUCACCGUUACUUCUUCUCCUUUUGUCUCUUCUUGACCUUGGGCUGUAUCUACUGUAGCAUCAGUGGCAGACAACUUUUCCUAGAUGCUUACAAUGCUCUUGAGCGUUUUAAGCAUUUGGAUAUGGAAAAGCCAGGGGUACCAGUAACAGGGAUGGCACUGCUAAUAGGAAUUCUUCCCACUGGCCAGCCCAGCAGUCAGACCCCAUUACCCCCUUACACCUUCAAGGACAGGAUGAUUAAUAAGAGUAUCAUCUAUAUGUGGGUACUUACCAGCACAGUUGCUGUAGCCCUGGGUGGACUAACCAUGUGGCAUGCAGUUCUCAUUUCAAGAGGCGAGACCAGUAUAGAAAGACACAUUAACCGCAAAGAAAAGGCACGAAUGGCAAAAUGGGGGAAGGUAUACAGAAACCCUUUCAGUUAUGGCAGGCUGAAUAACUGGAAGAUGUUCUUGGGUGUGGAGAAGAGAAGUCACUGGGUGACGCGUGUUCUCCUUCCAUCCGGACACGCUCCUUGUGGUGAUGGCUUGACCUGGGAUGUGUUCUUGGUUAAAACGGACAUGAUACCUGUAUGACCCUGUCUCCCAGGAUAUUCUGAAGCCUGCUUUCAGCAGUUGUUGCACUGUCCAACCCAUUCUGGUUGUUUGAUCAUGUUGGCUAAAAUGGGGCUGCAUCACACUCCAGUACCUCAGAAACACACUGUGGACUGUCUCACGGUUUGAUGUUACUUUGUAAAAAACAAAAAUCUGUAAUAUAUGGCAACGUAUCAUGGGUAAUGCAUUCCGAACCAGGUGUUUUUUACUUGACUGUUGAACCAAUUAUAAAUUUAAUGUUUUAUAUAAACCCAUGUACUGACUGACAUUGGAUUCAAAUACCUUCAGUAAUGAUUUAUUUUAACUCCGAAUUCUUUGUUCUGCUCAUGCUAAUAUUUUGCUAUUUCAAGUGGAAAAAAAUCAGUGGAGAUUUCAGGUGCAGUGUAUCUAUCCUGUCAGCAUAACUAUUGUCCUCUUAUCACACACUGCACUGCAACAUUUGUGUUUGACUUCAAACAUGUAUUAUUUAUCAACAUUUUGUACUUGAUAAUAUAUCUUUAUAAAUUAUUUUUAUUUAAAUCA